AUGGCUCCAAAGUCCAAGGGCGAGCAGCCAGACUUUGUCUUCCUUUCAUAUGCGCCCAAACCCAAUCGAAAAUCUCAGGCGAUCCAAGAUACCCAAAGGCGUGCUCACGCAGCUCGGAAAUCACACGCGCUGGCACGGCAGAGAAGAGGGGUGUUUGAUCAGAGUGGAAACGAUGAGGCGAGUUCAUCAGCUAGUCCAGAAAGUCCCAAGAACAGCCCCCCCAAAGAGUCUACGCCAAACAAAGUUGUGUUCGUUCAGCCCACUGAAGACCUUGAUGAGUCGCUGAAUAUUUUUGGAGAGGAUGAUUCGCAACCAGUGGCCCAACGUGACCAGAUGCAGCUUUGGUCCCCUGCCUACAGCACCCCAGCUACAACUUUGCUCGGACAAGGAACCGUGGACCCCUUUGAUGUAUUUGCAGUAAAGGACCUUCCGCCAUAUGUCUACAAGGUCUUAGAUAUAGCUGCGGACAUGAAAUGGGGACACCUUAAGCCAUCGGUCCUCAAUCAACGAUCCAAUCCACUCAAAAGAGCAUGGCUACGAGCGAACAUGGAAUCGCCCGCUGUUUUGCAUGCCAUGGUGUACGGCAUGCUUGUUUCGUUAGACUCAAUACAAUCGCCGAUCGAACCCGGAAACACUCUGAGCCUGAAGCAUCAGACAUACGCUAUGAGUUUAUUGCAGAAGGAAUUGCAAGCACUUGGCGACGGCAUACCGCAUCAGAAUAUUCUGCUGGCUAUAAUAACGCUUGCUGCGCAUGGUGAACCUGUCCGAGACCAACAUUUUGCUCCAUUAGGCUACCCCGAAUCACCGCUGGCAAAGACUCAAAAUCUCCACAUAUAUGGCUUGUUGAAAUUAGUACCCGAGCACACGUACGCGAUGUUCAUGAUACUCGAACGAAUUGGAGGAGUAGAAGCUGUAACGCUCUACGGUCUACGAGAUACCGUUGACUUUUGCGACCUAUAUUUCGCCACUCGCUUGGGAACUCCUCCCAGACUCGCAUAUCGUCACCCUAUCUAUCCGUUGAUCUCAGAUAUCGAGUACACCCCCGAUUUGAUCGCUGAACAACUUCUCCUCAAAUCCGGCAGAUCCCUAAUAAGCCUUCCAGCAUUGAUCGAGGAAUACCAAGAAGUCGUUGGAAUGUCGGCAGUACUUCUUGCAGGUCUCGAUCAGUACCAAAGAGAAACAGCAUCAGCUCCUAGCUUGCCGUCUUUGGUUCGUGCAAGGUCUGCUCUUCAGUAUAAGCUGACCUCUCUACAACCCGUCGACAUGAUGCUAGCCGCGUUCGAUGAACAGGUUUGCGAGAUCUGCCGCCUUACUCUCCUUAUAUUUAGCAAUAUGGUAUUCUUCCCACUUCCACGCGUGUCCGGCGUCAACGAACGCCUCAUCGCGAGUCUACGCUACAGCCUUGCCACCACUGGUGCUGAUUUUUUGGUGCAGCAUCUGGGCUUGUUGACUUGGGCUUUGACCAUAGGGGGUAUCGCAGCUUUCUCAACGAAACAUCGCUCUUGGUUCGUCUCCACAUUUCGAGAGAAGCUCCUAUGGCAUCCAGAUGACUGGGAGGGGGUCGAGGAGGUUCUCGCCGCCCACCUCUGGUGGGAUUACGUGUGUGAAGACCCUGGUAAAAUGUUUUGGAAGGAAGUCCAUUCUGUUCAUCGCUCCUCCUCUUUCUCCGGUGGUGGAAUCAGCCUGCCAUUCUACGGUCCUUCCUGA